CUGCGGCCCGGGCCCCGCGCGCGGCGAUGGCGGCGCUGGGCGGCGAGGAGGCGCGGGCGGCCGGGCCGGGGGUCCCGCCGGGGCCGGGGGUCCCGCCUCCUCACCCCGGGGUCCCGCCUCCUCACCCCGGGGUCCCGCCUCCUCACCCCGGGGUCCCGCCUCCUCACCCCGGGGUCCCGCUGGGGCCGGGGGUCCCGCCUCCUCACCCCGGCGUCCCGCCGCACCCCGGCGUGGCACGGCGCCGGGGCCGGACGCUGCUGGUGCGGCACCUGCCCGCCGAGCUGACGGCGGCGGAGAAGGAGGACCUGCUGAAGCACUUCGGCGCCGCGUCUGUGCGCGUCCUGUCGGACCACGGGCGGCUGAAACAUACUGCAUUUGCUACCUUUCCCAGUGAAAAUGCAGCUAUGAAGGCUUUGUCAAGACUGCAUCAGCUGAAACUGUUAGGUCACACCUUAGUUGUGGAAUUUGCGAAGGAGCAAGAUGCUGUGCAGGUUCUUAGCCAGCCUUCUGUUUCAGAGACCUCUAAAAGUUUGGAAGAACCAGUGAAAGAAGAAGAGAAGAAAGAACCAAACUGUGUUAAAAUAGAUAAUGGAAUUGCACCCAACCAUGGCCUCACAUUUCCCAUCAAUUCUUGCCUCAAAUAUUUGUAUCCGCCACCUUCAAGUACAAUUCUAGCAAAUAUAGCAAAUGCUUUGGCAAGUGUGCCCAAAUUUUAUGUCCAGGUACUUCAUCUUAUGAAUAAAAUGAAUCUUCCUCCACCUUUUGGACCAAUUACGGCUCGCCCUCCCAUGUAUGAAGAGUAUUUACCACUGCCUGUGCCACUGCCCCCAGUCCCACCUCUGCCUCCUGAAGAGCCUCCUUUGCCUGAAGAGGAAGAAGAGCAAGUAUCUAGUGGAGAUGAAUCAGAAUAUGAAAGCGAUGAUGAGGAGGAAAAGGAGAGAAUGACCAAAUUGAUGGAAUUAGCAACCCUUCAGCCAAAAAGACCAAUAAACACCAAGAGGCGUGGUGUUAGAAAAAAGCAAAGAAUUAAAGACUUGCUGACUGUUCCCGUUUGUACUCCUCACAGUAAUUUGCACCCUGCACUGUCACCUUCAGAUGUCUUUGAGCAGCCACAGCAUAUAGGUCAUAAAAAAAUUGAGUUCCAUAUUACUACUGACAUCCCAGCUAUUCAGAUAAACUCAGAGAAAGAAGAAAAAAAUGACCUUUCUGCAACCACAGAAGAAAUCAAUAACACGGGCUUUGGAAGGAUUUUCCCAGCUCCUAGCUCAAAUGAUAAAAUGGAAACUGAAGAGGAGGAGGAUGAAAUACCAUCAGAAUUUAUUUCUAGAAGGGAUCUAGAAAAAAACAGACUUUCUAGAGAAGAAAUGGAAAAAUUUUCUGUUUUCAAAAACUAUGAGCCAGGUGAUCCAAAUUGCAGGAUAUAUGUGAAGAAUUUAGCUAAACAAGUUCAAGAAAAGGAUCUCAAGUUCAUUUUUGGAAGAUAUGUUGACUUCCAGUCAGAAGUGGAACGAAAUAUGUUUGAUAUACGUUUGAUGAAAGAAGGCCGUAUGAAGGGACAGGCUUUCAUUGGACUUCCUAAUGAAAAAGCAGCUGCUAAAGCUUUAAAAGAAGCAAAUGGAUACGUCUUAUUUGAAAAACCCAUGGUGGUUCAAUUUGCUCGUUCAGCUAGACCAAAACAGGAUGCCAAUGAAGGGAAAAGGAAAAAGUAGAACACUGCCAAGGUAUGGACUCUUUGCUUGAAAAUAAAGAAGUAGGCUGGGGGUUUUUUGUUAACUUGUUUUUUUUGGUUUGGUUUUAUUUAGUAUCUUUUUAAUGGCUGCUUUAGAAAUAGUGAUGAUGGAGGGGAAAUGUUCUAUACUAUUUUCUUAAUUGCGCACUUAAAUCAGAAAAACAGAACACAAGGUAUAUAAUUGGUGUAAGUGUAAAAUGUUGCUUAUUUCUCUGUUUAGAAACUUGGACACUGCCAUUUCCGUAACCCUGAUAUCCUAGGAUAGUUGUCAGUUUCUCUAAUCCAUAAUCUGGGGAGAAUAACUGUGGAAUCCAACCACUUACAUUAUAGUAAUCUGAGGUUUCAGCUUUGAAGAGAUACCUCUUUUCUCCUUCCCUUCCAUCCCUGCCAUUGUAAAGUGAUCCUGAUGAACUGUUUCCAGCAAUAAACUCAGUUCUACUAGCUUUACAAAGGACCUUUGGCUUUGCUGGUUCUAGAAAAUGAGAUCUGAAUACUUCUGCAGGGAUCCUUUAAACUUGCCUGAUUUAGAAAAGGAUGUGUCAGAAAGUGCUACUUAAUGUUGCAUGGAUCAAAGCUUCUUUUGUUGUGAAACACAUACGUCCUGAUUUUUGGCAUUGUUGUCUAAACUUGAUGGGAAAAUAACUUUUAGCAGAAUGUAAUCACUAACUUUAUCUCCUGUCAUACAGCUUUACUUCACUACUGCUUACUCGAAGUGUUUGCGUUAUGUGACAGUAACCCAAGAAAAAUCAGCUCUAACUUAACUGUGAGGGUUUACAUGGCCUAAAAACAUUUGAGUAGGAUCUCAAAUUAGCAUGUGAAGUAACUGAUGCAAGAAUUAGAAGCAUGUAUUUCUCAGUCUGCACCCUUUGAUAGAGCAGCUGGCUCAAAUGUAAAGAACAUUUAACCUAAUUACAGAUUACAGUUGGGCAUCACUCUAGUUAUGUCUCCACGCAGGACCAAAUGAACUCAAAGGUUAGGCUGACUGCUUCUGAAACAUUCUACUUACUCCAUGAUGUGUUUUUAAUCUAGAUAUUUUGAUCAUUGUUACUUUGGAAAAUACCCUGACUUUUGAAAAAAAUAAUGUGAAUAGCUGCUUUUAAAUUUUAAAAAUUGGUUGGAGACACUGCAGUAUGGUUAUUGUGAGGAUAGUAUUUCUAUUUAUAACAGUUACUUUAAUUGUAGGUUUCUUGUUCUGUAAAUUAUCUAAGGAUUUUUUACAUCAGAUUAUAUUUGGGCUUGUUUCCCCUCAUUUCUGAGAUGCAUUUCAGUCUUACUAGUUCUUAUUUUAAGUUACUGAUUUGUGAUUUGCAAAAUUUGUAUUUUAUCAAGUUAAAGGUCAUGUUUAUUUACAGGCAUUUUUCUGAAUUGGUCAUUGAAAAGAGACAAUUGAGCCUUGGCUAAAGUGUUCUACUAGGAGGAAGGGUUUAUGGGAAUGUUUCAGUCUUGUUUCUUACUCCUUCCUUGUUAGAAAAAACCCUUGUAUUUAUAUUACUUUAUUCAGUGUCUAAUAUUAAGGAAGGUUUCUUUAAAUGCGAAAAAGAAACGUGAAGAUUUUAGCUAUUGCAAAGCCUUACAAUUUAGUCUGUACACUUUUAGGAAUUUCUUAUCUUUCCAACCACUUUUAUACAUUAAUUCUGAGUUCACUAAACAUGCAAAUAAUACUUGAAUUACAUAAGAAAAAUAACAAGGUACUUCUUUAGUUAAUAAUAAUGUUGGUCAACUCUAAAAAAAGUUUGAGUGAGCAAACACGUAGUUGUGCAAGAUUUACUUGUGCUCCUGAAAGUGAACACAAGGUACUUUGGUGCCAUUGGUUUAAUGUACCCUGGCCAGAACUUCUUCCUUACCUUGACCAGUUGUAUGUGAAGAUUACAGAAUGUCCCAUGGACUAAUGCAGAUUUCUAGGGCUCCAUGAGUCUUAAUUAAAAAAAAUAUUUCACUUCCCAACUAAUAAUUAAACUGAACUCUUAUUUCUGCAUGACUCUGUUUUCCUGUUCCUGCUGGAAUAUUCGAUGAUGGAUGUUGAUUUAUGAUGCAAAAUUCUGUGAUAGAAUUCUGUAUCUGUAAGGAGGAAGCCUAUCAGAGUCUCAGCUGAAAAGAAAUAUGAUAUAAACAAGUUUGUGUAAACAUUUGAGGGACUUCAAAUUUGAUCUGUAUCCUGCAUCUUAAUGUUGUUGCCCUUUUUUUUAACAACUAAAUUGCCAUAAGUUUUAAACAGGAAGAAUUUAAAUUUAAGGAUGUUAUUGCAAAUAUUUGGGUUUUUUAGUAUUUUCAAGGGUUUUAUCCUUUGUGAAGAAAAUAACACAAAUGAUUUAUAAAAAUACUAUGUAACUGCUUGCUAGCUUAAAGUCUUUUUCUUGAUGGAUUGCAAAAAAAUUUCAGUUAGUAUUUGGGGUGCUAAAAUACAGCUUUUGGGGAGAAAGGUUAUGUAGAAGAAACUGAUGUUGAGAGGUCUCCAGGUUCUUCAUAGGGAAGAAGUGACUUGAAAACCUUCAGUCAAUGGAAACAUGAUUGGGUUUUGGACCUGAUGGAAAAAGUGAGUCUGUAAAAUGGCAAAGACUUGAAGGAGAAUUAAUGAGACAGAAAACUUUGGUGUUGUCCUAGUAGUGCAAGUUAUCAAAAAAUGUAUUAAGUUGAAUAUGGAGUUUAGUAUUGGUGGACUCAUCAGCCCUCAUUAAAUUUCAGAAGAGAUCAAAACUGUAUUUUAUCAAAGAGGCAUAUUUGCUGUUGAUAGGUGGCAUAAAGUUAUGUGUAUGCAAUACUGAGAAUCAAGUAAAAUUAAACCACAUUCUGCUGUUCUUCUUUAGAAACAUUCCUGCGUAAAUACUGCAGUAAUACUGUCAUGCAGAGUGUAUCCUUUCUUGUUGUAUCCUUUUUUCGUGCAAUGUUUCCUGUAGCACUCAACUGCAUCUAAGUUUUUGUAUAGAGUAGGUGUGGGGGAGGAGUUUACACAUUUUGGAGCUUAAACUGAUCUGGUAAUUUCAAAAGCAAAAGGCCAUUUUCUCAGGGGAAAAAAAAAUAUCAGUGACUUGCCUGUGUUUCGUGAAUAGACACAAUGAAGGUUCCUCGUCUUAAAAGAUGCCCUUCACCUUCUUUCUCAAAGGUCAUAUAACUUGCCAAUUUGUGGUCCAAUUCCUUAGCUUAUGUGAGCUACAAGUGUUCCACUGAUGUGUGUGGAGCUGUGCUGAGCUCGCAGUGAGGAUUUAAUCUUGUUUUUCUUUAAAAAAAUAUUGUAAUACUUGGUUUAAAAUAUGUUAUAGAGCAAUUCUAAACAUUAAAGAGUUGAUGACUGCUUUACAUUAUUUGAUGAUUACUUUUAUCGUGGUAUAUGAGAAACAAACUGUAGUUGCCUUAGUUUGUACAUUCCUUACUUUUCUGAGCAGAGAAGAAAAUCUAACAAUAUCUCACAGUGAAGUAUUUGGAAUGGAACUGUUAAACAGUUAUUAAUCACUGCUACCUUUUUGUCGUUGGUUGGGUUUUUUUACAUUGUUCCCUGUUGGUGCCAGUGAUUUAUAUUUUUCUUGUGGGUUGCAUAUUACAUUAUUGUUUAACUUACUGUAAUACAAAAUUAAUACAGCCUUUGUCAUUAAGUGAGAUUUUUGCAGACAUUCAGGACUUUAUAAAUACUAAGCAUCUUUCACUUGAGUUGUCAAAAGAAAGCAUAAUGCUACUAUUUGCUGGUUGUUCUUACUUUUAACAUGCCUUUGUGAUGUUCCAGGUCCCUUUUGUGUUCCACCUCUUUCAAGUAUUUUCAAGCCUGGGGAAGAAGCAGUGUAAUCAUCAGGACUCUUGAACUGUGCGUAGUAGCGUUUCUAAAGUAUUUAAGGCAGAGUAUAAAUUUUCUCAUCUUAAAGAUUCCAGGUGUCUUUAAACAGUCACAAGACUUACCUGAUAAAUGUAUGCUAGUGUGCUUGUGAAAUCUCUAAUAAAUUAUUUUGUUUCUCUUCA